AAUUUUUCACGUACAAAAUACAACAACGAGUACAUGUUUACCGUCUCUCGUUAUCGUUCUCUUCUAUUAUCGUGCUUUAUCCUUCACUCUUUCUCUCUCUCUCACUCACUUCACUCACACAUUGCUCUGUCUCUGCUCUCUCUUCUCUCUGCUCUCACCCUGAAUAUCCUGGACAAUCAUGGGAGACAAAGGAGGAAAAUCAUGUCCGAUUUGCACCGAGGAGAUGGACCUGACUGAUCAGCAUCUGAAACCAUGCAAAUGUGGCUAUGAGAUCUGUGUGUGGUGUUGGCAUCAUAUAAUGGAAAUGGCACAGAAGGAUGAAACUGAGGGACGUUGUCCUGCCUGCCGUUCAGCUUAUGACAAAGAACGCAUUGUGGCAAUGGCAGCUAACUGUCGAAGAUUGGUUGCUGAAAUGAAUUCACAGCAUAAAAAGAAACUACAGAAGGUAAAGCCUAAAUCAUCGGAUGGAAGGAAACAUCUUACUGAUGUUAGAGUCAUUCAGCGCAACCUUGUGUACAUAAUUGGACUGCCUCUCAACCUUGCAGAUGAAGAUUUACUUCAGCGUAGGGAGUACUUUGGCAGGUAUGGCAAGGUUUUGAAGGUGUCAAUAUCUCGUACAGCAACCGGUAUUAUUCAACAUUCUGCAAACAACAGCUGUUGUGUGUAUAUAACGUACUCAAAAGAAUCUGAAGCUGUUCGAUGCAUUCAAUCAGUUCAUUUUUUUGUAUUAGAAGGUAGAUCAUUGAGGGCUUGUUUUGGAACCACAAAGUAUUGCCAUGCAUGGCUCAGAAAUGUGCCUUGCAGCAAUAGAGAAUGCUUAUAUCUACAUGAUCAUGGUGCUCACGAAGAUAGCUUUACCAAGGAUGAAUUAGUAUUAGCAUUUGCAAGGAGUAGAGUCCUACAAAUCAUUGGGGCUACAAAUAAUUUGCAUCGCCGUUCUGGGAGUGUUUUACCUCCACCACCAGAUGAACCUAGACACAUACCAUCAGCCACCAAAGUAGUGUCCAAAAGUCCUUUAGAUAUCCAGAUUACAGGAUCCUGUUCAAGCAAUGGAGCUGCCAAUUCAACAGCACUUCCUGCAGCAAACUCUUGGGCUAGGUGUGUAUCUGGUAGUCUUCAGCAGGAUAAUAGUUCAUUAUGUUCUAAUAAUCUGGCCAAGAAAAAGAUUGAAGCAUCUAAUGGCCCCCAAGCCCUUGUACCGGGGGUUGCUUGCACUGAAAGAUCUAUUCUUGAUACGAAAGAAUUGGGAGAAAAUGAAAAUAAUUCUGAUGCGCAUUCCAAUAGUGUAAUUGUACCUUCAGCAUUGAACAAACAUCACAUAGGGGGAAAUUCUCAAACAUCUUUUGCUGGCCUUGAUCAAGAUAAGGCUGCACCCUCAACAAGUACAAGCUUCCUGGAGACUGUCAGACCUCAGAAUUUGAAUACUAACAAGGCAGUUUCCAGUCGAGAUGUGCAUGGCUUAAGUUCUGAGUUAUCAUCUGUUAGCAUCAACAAUAAUCUUAAAGAUUCAUAUUUCACUCGUGAUUCAGACAGAUUACUUUUUACUCCUAACUCGAUCAAUUCCUCUCUAGGGAAACAUUUUCCUCAAGAUAAUGAAUACUGUAAAGACCAUUCAACCACACCAGCCUUUUGGGAAGAUAUAAUUGUGGAUGAUACGCUAAAUAAAGACUUUGAUCAACAACAAUUCUGCAAAGGCAUUAACAAUUUAGCAUCUGGGCAUCAUUCACCUCGUUAUCCUCAGAAUCUAAACCAAUCAAACCACCAACUGAAGCAUCAAAAUCAAAUUUGUAACCAGAAUCAUUUAAGGAAACCUUCUGAAACUUUUACUGAACACUUGGGGGCAGGAUUUGAGAAGCUUGUGGAGAGUGAGGAUACUGGUUCAAAUGUUGAUAACAAGGUUGCUUCAGACAUUGGAGAAAACAACAUUAUAUCUAACAUUUUGUCUUUGGAACUAGAUGCAUGGGAAGAUUCACUAGUUAAGUUGUUGGAUGAAACCGAUGAACCAUACACAUCCUUCAAAGCACCUGCUUUGCGGAAAAUUCAAGACAAGAAUCAGUCCCGGUUUUCCUUUGCCAGACAAGAUGAUUCCUUGAAUAAGACAUCUGGUUUGCAGCAACCAUUAGGGAUUACCGAACAUGAACCUAAAAGGCAUUAUCCAUCUGGUGGUUAUAACGGAAACAAUGAUACAUUCACUGUAAAAAACCCAUAUGCUUUCACAUCUAGCAGUUCUGUGCUAUCAGAUAAAUUUGAUGGAAGUCCGUCAUUGGUGCCCACAAAAUUUUCCAUGGCAAAAGCUCAUGCCUCAAGUCCACCUGGAUUUUCAAUGUCAGGCAGAAUACCUCCUGGGUUUUCACGCGGGAGAGUAGAACAGGGUUGUAAUAGUUCUGUUGAACAUUUGCAACCGCAAUUUGCUCCUCCAUCUGUAAAUAUCGGCAGGAUAGGAGAUGCUGAAUUCAAAAAUCCUAUGGUAUUGGAUCCUAGUAAGGGCCUAAUGGAAGAAAGGCUGAAUAGUGCACCUUUUAACUCGAGGCAAACUUUCCUUCCACAAUAUAGUCCUAAUGAAGAUGAGGCUAGACUUAAGUUGUUAAUGCAACAAUCUCUAGCUUCACAGAAUUUAAGACUUUCAGAUCAUAUUGGAAAUAGGUUUUCCCCUCAAAGUGAGGCUUAUAGAACUCCUUCAAGGUUUCUUGAUCAAUUUCAGUCUAACAAUCCUUCAUUUUCUGAACAAAUGCGCUCUCAACAGUUCAGUAGUAAUAUUCUCGGUUCAAAUAACCAGCGGGGAAGUUGGAAUGAUUCCAUGUAUUUCAGCGGCCUAUCUAUGUCGGAAGUAUUGAAUAAUGAAAUAGGUGGAUUUAACAAUUUCAUGCCCAAUUAUGAGAAUAUCAAGUUUUAAACACCUGACUUGACUGAUCAACUAAUAUUCGUGGUGAUGAUUGCGUCUCAACUAUAGUUCAAUUUCUCCCUUCAAUGCACUAAUAGGCUUCAGAUGGCAGUAUGUGGAUCAAACCUGUCUCAAAAUGUUAAUAGAUUCGUUUAUUUGGCUGAAAUUGUGUUUACUAUGGCAGACUGGCUGAACCUUGAGACUUGUUUCAAAUCUGCUUGGAACUUGAGUAUCCUGAAUUCCUUAUCACAAUUCUGCCAUCAAAUGGUCAAAGGCAAUCUUUACCCACUCUUGUUUGCUUAGCUUCAUUGCAAAGCACUGGAAUCUGGAUUGUCAGACGUCAAAUGAUGUCAACUUUUUCUAUGGGGUAAAUGUCGGGAGAACUGACAUGUGUGGUUAUUAUGUUAACCGAGUUACAAGAAACUUGUCAUCUAACAAAAGAAACUACAAAAGGAGCUAUAUAAGCCUUACUGGUGGGAAAUUCAUGCGAUGAAUGGUGAAAUAGGUCAUCUAGAUUUGACGUUUUCUUCACUCCUGAAAUUGUUUGUUCAGAAUUUGUUACUUGUCUUAAAUUUGGUACUUAUGCAACAAAUAUGACUUUAAUACUAUUUAGAAUGUACAAAGUUGGUUUUGGUUUUACAAAAGUAUCAAGUGUUUGAUGAA